AGAAACGUUGGUCGUGGAAGCCCGCGCGAAGCAUUUGCAAAUCUUUCGUCUCGUUCUUCUUGCCCGUGGGCGUGGCGUGCAGCAAUUCCGUUCCAGGGAAGGGGAAGGGAAGGGGAAGGAGGGAAGGAGGGAAGGGAAGGGCCUGCAAACAUUUCUGAUCCGCCCUCCGAAGUCGCGCGCCGAAGUCGUCCCGUCCUGCGUCUGUUAGAUUAUCGGAAUCACGAGUUCGUUCGCUACCGGUCGGGGAUUUAGGGUUGAUCCGUCGUCCCGUGUCGUCGGAAGCUUUGGGUGCACCGGUGUCGAGAAUUCGUGCUCCUCGUGCAGGAACGAGCUUUUCCGUCGAGUGUCUGUGAUGAGUCUCAUCAAUACCUUGGUUCAGCCGUUCUCUCUGGUCCGUCUGUUGGUCUGUUACUACUGUUUGUUCGUAUCACCACAAAAUCUUCACCGCGUGCUCGCCCUUCGCGGGCAGCAGAGGAGUAUCAGCCAAGCGGGGUUGAGUUGGCCCCGAGUCUUUUCUUCCUCUUUUUCUCAAAGAUCGUGAAAGCGACGUCUGUCCUGUCGGCCUUGGGACUUCAUUAAGUUUAGGUCUCCUCUGCAGCUGGAAUGUAAAUGCUUCUCGUUCUGGGUUUCGUGCAUGACGCAAUUCUCAUCGUCGUGCCCUUAGUUCCCUCGACUUAGACAAGUUUGAAUGUGCUCUCUUUCCCGAAAAUGACGAGGAUUUUAUCUACUUUCGCGUGUGGUGGUGAUUUCACUCUCCGAGAUAUUCACAUCUUAGCUGUUGUGUGAGGGCGUUGCCGUCCGUGGUGUUUUUCUUCGUUUUCAUGGAGUUUUAAUUAUUUUGGAAUUGAACUGGCGAGCGGGCCAGCAGAUGAGUUAUGAUUAUCCGAGGGUAGACGAUGGUAAUUGAAAGAGAAGGAUUAGUAUUGUCCUGAGGAUGUUUGGUCGACCGAACCACGAGAGGGCAGAUUGCGGGUAUUACUGUUGGAAGCAGAGGAAUUGUCCACUCUAGGGGUUCACUCGGAGUAAGAACAUGGCAGGGCGGGGAACAGCGCUCACUCGGCCGGCGUGGAUGAAGCACGCUGAAGAAGCGAAGCUGAAAGAUGAGGAGGAGAAAGCGGCAGCUGCACGAGCUGCGUUCGAAGCAACUUUCAAGGACAUGGAUCAUCCUCCCCCUACUGGAGAGCCAUCUUCUGACAGUGAGGCGGACGAGGCAGACAGGCUUGCAAGGAAGCCAAUAGGGCCUGUGGAUCCCGGCAAGUGUACUGCAGCCGGUACUGGUGUAGGAGGAGGUGCAGCCGGUGCGGCCGCGUCCUUUGUCGUGGUCACCAAGGACUCGGAUGGCAGGAGAACUGGGCAUGGAGGGGCGUACAUUCGCGUUAGAAUUACGCCCGGGGCAGGUGUUGGAGGUGCAGAGCAGGAAGCGGUUGUCAAGGAUCAUGCGGACGGAACGUACACCGCGACUUAUGCUGUGGCGAAAAGAGGGGACUACAUGGUCAGCGUGGAAUGCAACGGCCUACCCAUACUGGGGAGUCCAUUUCCCGUAUUUUUUAGUGGAGGAAAUGCCCCUCUUGGUGGUGGACUUCUGCCGGCGUCUGGACCUCUGCUUGGCUCUGGGCCUUACAUGAAUGGAGUCGGUCAAAACAUGCCAUUUUCGAUGUCGGCAAUGUUUCCAGGCAUGCUCGGAAUGAUUCCGGGGCUUCUUCCAGGAUCUACAGGAAGUACGAUGGGAGGGCUCAGCCAAAUGCCAAUGGCCCCAUCCGCAGCUGCUAUGGCAGCGGCUCAAAGCAUUGCUGCAGCACAAGCAUAUCAGGCGGCGCAAGCAGCUGCUGCGCAGAAUGCAGGCCCUAAAGAAGGUGGCGAUUCACCAAAAGAUCAGGAUGAACCUUUGCGAACUCUUCAUGUUACCAAUCUGAGUUCUGUCCUCACCCAGGAGCAACUACGCCAGCUCUUUAGUUAUUGCGGGACUGUUACUGAUAUAAAACUUUCAGAAUCUAAGCAGUCUGCUUAUGUGGAGUAUUCUAGUCCAGAUGAAGCCAAGGCAGCCCUUGCAUUAAACAAUAUGGAAGUUGGCUCCCGUCAAAUUAAAGUGGAACUUGAGAAGAAGGUUAGCAAGCCGGCGAGUAAGCAAGGAGUAGGUAGUGGGUCUGGUGGAGGUGGAUCUGCGGCAGCCACUCCUCCUCCUCUGCCGAUGAUGAUGCAACAAGCUGUGGCAAUGCAGCAAUUGCAAUUUCAGCAAGCAUUGUUUAUGCAGCAGGCAAUGGCCACUCAGCAGGCUGCAGCACGCGCGGCAACGGUGAAAUCUGCUGCCGAAAUGGCCGCUGCUAGAGCUGCCGACAUAAGCAAGCUUCUUAAACCAGACGGAGAAAAUGGAUUGGAGCAGCCAGAGAAGUCGGCCUCAAGGUCUCGUUCGCGGUCAAGGUCCAAGUCGAAAUCUCGCUCUCCUGUAAGAUAUAGACGUGAUCGCCGUUCUAGAUCCUUAUCACCCAUUAGAUAUCGUCGAGAUCGGCGAUCUCGGUCACCUUCAAGAGAACGUCGUCGCCACAGGAGCCCCAGUAGGGAUCGCGGUAGUCACUUCAGGGGUGGAAGGGAUGGCUAUCCACGUUAUUACGUCAGAAGGGAGUGGGGAAGGGACAGAGAAAGAGAUCAUUAUCCUCGAAGCUCACAUAGAAGUCGGAGUAGGAGCCGAGUGAGGAGGAGGUCUCGUACACCGUCUCCUUCACCACGACACAGGAGGGAUCGUGAUCGCACACCUUCGCCCAGAAGGCGUAGAGAUGAGAGGAGUAGACACACGAGAAGUUCACGGCGCUCACGUUCUCCCUCAAAGGAGGCAAUCAAGAGUCCAUCUGCUCUUAGUCGUAGUCGCAGCCCUAGUGUGGCCGUAAAGAAAGUCAGCCAGAGCCCUGUGAAGAGAGGCAAGAGUCCCAGAUCCUUGGAUGGAGUGCCUAGUUUUGAAAACAAACCGACCUUGACUCCUGCAUCCGAAAUAGAUCAAACUCCUCAUAGAAGGAUAAAGAGCGACGAGUCCACGCGACAAGCAAUUGCUACUGAGGUUGAUGCGAGCAAAGAUAAAGAGUCCUCAGUAGCUUUUUUGCCACAAUCAAUCCAGCUUCAGCCAAAUUUAUCACCAAGCGAAGCCCUAAACGAUAGUGUAGUUCGUCCGGGAGAAGUGUCUUCUGUAGGCACUUCUGUGAAAUCCUCCGAUGAGUAUCCUCAUCAAGAUAAUGUGGGGCCGAGUGGGAAGGAUGCUUUACAGAAGCUGGAGGAUGUGGAAAUCGUUGUGUCAAAGGAAUUCAAUAAGAAACCUGUGAAAAAACCGGAUGUCCGGAGUAGAGAAAAAUCAUUCCACAGUCAAGAUAGAAGUGACGAGGAUGAAGAGGAGCUGGAUGAUUGGCGAGACGAUGUGAAGGUCAAAGAGAAGGAGAAAGUGAGAAGCAAGGAAAGAUUCAAGAUACCAGAAAGAAGGGCCAAAGAUGAUGAGUCGACACAGUCAAGGAACCCCCCGGAGGAUCACCGCCAAUCGGUUCCGAAUGCUCGUGAUGGACCAGAGCAGGCUAAGGGUAUUAAAGGGAGCUCUGACCUCGAGAUGCGUCCCACUAGAGAUUCUAGUUUAGAAGUCCACGCCAAGGAGAGAGAAAGGAUCAGGGAUAUGGUCGGUAGAGUUGCGGAACACGAUGUGGAAAGGAUUGCAACAGCGAAAGUGGCAGACGAGAGGGAAGAAGCAGAACAGAGCAGGCUGAGUAUAAACAAUCGCGAGGGCAAGGAUGAGAAAAGUAAGGGCCGUGCAUAUCGGGACGAGGACGGACAUGGAUCUGAAGACGGACGACCGGAAGAUAGGCUUAAGUAUGAUAGGAGGGAUUUAGCAGGAAAGGAGCAGAAAGAUUUGUCUAAGGAGUCUUCAAAGUCUAAAACUGUCAAUAGCAGAGAUAAGGUACUACUGGAUAGAAGGGAUCAGGACGAGGCUUUACCCGUCACAUCUCUCUUAGCGGAAGUAGAAGUGGAACGGGUUGAGAUUCACAAGGUGAGUAAGAGGAUAAGGUUACACGAGGAAGAAAAAAUUGAAGACGAAGAGCUCGAAAAUGAUAGAAAGCAGGAAAGGCACCGUAGACACCGGAAGAAGCACCGGCACGACGAGGAGAUGGAAAGAGGAGUGGAGGAGGAGGUUGAGCAUGAUGAUGAAGAGGAUGAAGACAAAGAUGGUGAAGGUCGCAAAGAAAAGCGGAGGCACAAAAGGAAGCACAGGAAGGAUGAGGAGGCAGAUAAACGCAAGGAGAAAAAGCGCAAACACAAGCAUCGUAGACGUCCUUCUUCAUCGGAAUCAGGAGAUCUGGAACUAGGCCCAGUAGUUGAUAUGAGCAGAAGCAAAGGACUCAGUGAUGACGCGUUGACGAGAAAGAAGAGUUCAAGCCGGCACAAGAAGAGGAGGAGAGGACACUCAAAAUCAGUCUCUCGAAGCCCAAGUUCUAGUGAAUAGUAGAUAGUUUAUGUAAUAGCCAUUCAUGUCACCCAUUAAAAUGUUUGCCAUCUGUUGAACUUGUUUACUGCAUAUGCUUUACUACGUUUCUUAAAUCAUAUUGGAGAGCAGUGCACACGCCUUUGCGUGCGCCUAACGAGCCUUGAUCCAGGAUGCUAAGGAGAUGGAGCUAAGAGGAGAUUGCAAUUUUCAUCUUUCGAUCAAGGAUGGGGUUGGGAUGGUUGGGAUCUUUUGUCGCAGACUGCUCGCAGUUGUGGCACAUAACUGUUUUGCAGGGUUGAUGAGCUCCGUCUUCGACUCCGUACAUGUCAGGCUCCGUCCCUCCGGCGUGGUCCCUUCUCACAAAGCUUUAGGUAGCAAGACUGGCCUACUACUUAUGCAGGCUUGUGCAGUUAUUUGCGUCAGAACAGACUUCAUUUGUGAACGAAAGGUUUUGGGUCUGAAUUAUUGGCAGUGCUUGGCUUCCUCAUUUUCGGUCGGUUUGUUGGUGUAAUGUAUGAUACCAUAUAGGUUUCGCAUUCACCCACCAUCUUAUCGUGUUUGCAAUGUUAUCUCAUGAUAUACACCUGCAUAAGUAAUAUAUCAUGUUGGCGGAUGACUUUUUAAGUGUUUCAAGAGCUUACUUUGGCGUGAUAUGUUCCAUGAUAUGCGCAUUGAGAAUCUCUCAGUAGCUAGACACGUCGUUAUUAGGUGAUUGAUACUCUUGUCAAUUGUAAUUGAGCUAAUUGGCUCUGACGUGCAUAGACAUCGAGUGCAUAACGCUGCACAACUUGACAAGAUUCAAAUGCUUGUGGGCUGGCUGGGCCGGCUCUUGGGUUGGGGUUGGGGGGGAUGGACAUGCAAGCAUGGCCAGGAUUUCCUUAGUCGCUGAUGAGCUUCACCUCCUUCAUGUGAGAAGCCACGUGCCUGUCUCAAUUAAUAGGUAAGUUUGUCACAGAGUUGAUGGUUUAGCACGUCCUUUUCGGACUUCCACAUGUUCUAUCAAAGUGCUCUUAUACUUGUCAAACAUUUUCAUAAUGCUUUCAUCUCCUGUUUUUUUGUAAGCGUUUUAUGUUUCAAGCAGUCAGAGCUUACGUGAUGUCUCACCUUUAUGCUCAGGGCGAAAGGCCAUAGUGAAAAUCUAUCGUGCACAUGUAUCCUCAUCAAAUUUCAUUGGAAUGGAAAGAGCAAUCAAUAUCUUUUUAGUUGUGUAAAUUUACGAGUCUUGUAAUGCGCCUAACUUAACCCAGGGGCUAAUCUGUUUUGAGUUCGUGUGUGAGUUUGGGAUUGUGUGGGCUACUUCGUCUAUGUAUGUUUCUUGCAGUGAUUGUGAAAAGAAAUCGUGGAGGAAGGAACAAUUUCACGGGUGACCACGCGUGGCAAUUUGACUACUUCAUGGUUGCUAGUGGGAUGUAAGGUUUGAGCAAACUUCUUUGAAAGCCACGGGCGGUCGUGUUGUCGCACUGCCCAUGAGAAUGGCAUGAUAUUGCGGCUGUACACGACGGUUGUGUCUCUUAGACCGUCGUGGCCUUUUACUUUUUUGGACUUUCUUUGGCAGACAACGCGGUUUGAAAAUGUUUGCCGAAGUUUGCACGUUUUUUUGAGUUUUCUCCUGGAAUGGAUUUGAUAUGACUCAAGUCUCCCUGUUCUGUGUCGUCAAAUCAGAUCAACUUGAAACAUGUUCGUGCAAACCUAGUCUUGCACAGUAGUCGUUCCAUUUUAUUAUUUGAGGGGCGGUUGCUUUGAAGAUCCUUUUUACUUUCAAAGUCUCUUGUACCCAAUUUUCCUCUAGGAACUUGCAUGUUCCGAGACUGGUAUGUUGUGUCCUCUCUGUUUGCAGGUGUUGAACUGUAAAUGAUGAGGCUGAGCCGUGACGGAGAGGCGGUUCGGUCGAUCAGGUUGGAUUAGACGUGUGUAGCUAUGUGGAUUAAAUGGCUUAGCACUGCUAAUUGCUGGUAUCGAUUCCAUCAAUGUUACGGAGUUCAUACGAUAUUGAUAAGUCGACAUUUCAAUGUUUGUCCAUUUUACAGUCAAUUGUUUGUCAGUUUCAUAACAUGGCAUACUUAUGAAGAAUCCUAUCCUGAGGUAGGAGUAACUCAAUCCUACCUCAGGAUUACCUAGAAACUUGAACUAUUUGGCUUUCACGCAACUUUUCUUUUAGCGAUUGUACCUAAGCACAUCGUAGUCUUCCAACAACUUACCUGGUCAGGGAGAUCGACAGACGAAGUUUUACAUUCAUUUGGCACAUUUGCCAGAUACUGCGAAAAAGGUCCACACGUUGAAUCUUCCUAGUGAAGUUAGGUUUAUAACCUCGGUUACAUGGUCGGCUACAAGAUGUCAUCGUUCUUAGGUCGAACUGCUUACAAGAUCUGAAGCACACAAGUCGACAUCUUGAAAGCCUGAUCUUAUUGUGCACCUGUAUAUCGAAGGAUGUCCCUCGGUCGUAUGCCGUGUAGCAACUUCCUGCUCAAGUCAUUUUCUGAGCUGUACUUUCAUGGGUUUUCGACACUCAUCACACUACUGCGCCUGAAACAUGUAACCCUGUAAUCAACACGCAAUUCUGUAUGAAGAAUAUGCUUAAAGCACAUUUUUCAAUUCAUGUCUCCAAUUCAGAUUAACUAGUGCAGGAAGGUCAAUAAUGUUUUGUUGACACAGGA